CAACUAUCUCUUCUUGCUUCAUUCGGUCUCUAGGCGGCUAGCCAUUACGACAACACACCCCAGAUAUAGUUAGUAGUACUGGCUAGCAAGCAAGGUAGUAGUAGCCAGGUGUUGUCCAUGGAGGAGAUGGGGGAGGAGAGCAGCAGGUAUCCAUGGCAGGACUACGACCUGGGCUUCGGGGAGGAGCUCAUGAGGGAGCUCCUCGACCAGACGACGACGGCGCCAUCGGCAACACCAACGGCGGCCGGCGCCGCAAGCGCUGAUAAUUCUUCUUCUUCCGACAAGGGGAUUGGUGACGAGGAGGAAGGGGCGGUGGGACGCCGGGAGUCCAUGGUGAACAGGCUCAUGUCGACGGUCUACUCCGGGCCCACCCUCAGCGACAUCGAGAGCGCCCUCUCCUUCACCGGCGCCGGCGCUGGCGACCUGCUGGACGGCCGCAGCAAGUACCACUACAGCCCCUCCAGCCCAGUGGUUUUCUCGCCGGAGAAGGUGCUGGGCAAGAUGGAGAACAAGUACACGAUGAAGAUCAAGAGCUGCGGCAACGGGCUCGCCGACGAUGGGUACAAGUGGAGGAAAUACGGCCAGAAAGCCAUCAAGAACAGCCCCAACCCAAGGAGUUACUACCGGUGCACGAACCCGCGGUGCAACGCGAAGAAGCAGGUGGAGCGCGCCGUCGACGAGCCGGACACGCUCGUCGUCACCUACGAAGGCCUCCACCUCCACUACACCUACUCCCACUUCCUCCAGCAGCAGACCACCCCUCCACCCGCCGCCGCCGCCGCCUCAAGCUCCAAGAAGCCCAAGUUGCACCCCGCCGCCGGCGCCAUUACAGACUCCCACCACGGGAGCACCCCUGUGGCAACAACCUCGCCGCCCUCUGCGGCCGUCGUCCCUGCCGGCGCCGGGGACAGCAGCGGCGACAGCGGCGGUAACGUGAUAGCCGACGCGGGCUUCCUGCUGGAGCACGCGGUGCCCAACUGCUCGCCGUAUGUGUUCGACGGCGGAUUGUUCGGUGAGGCCGGCGAGGAGCGGCGGAUGACGAGCGACGCCGGCGGGCUCCUGGAGGACAUGGUGCCACUGAUGGUCCGGCGGCCGUCGUGCAACUCGGCGGCCACCACCGCCAGCUCGUCCACGACGGUCGGCUCGCCCGCGGCGCCGGUGUCGUCGCCCUCCCCCUCCACGUCGUCCGUGUCCUGGACCCCCGCGUCGCCGUACAUCGACAUGGCCAUCCUCUCCAACAUCUUCUAGCCAGUAGCGUAGUGUCAAUUGGUCCAUCACGAUGAUCGAUCGGGAACAAUUAGGCUCGAGGAAAAUCGAAUUGUUUGUGCUUGCAUCCAAGCGUGCAAGAUGCACGUACGCACGAAGGGUGUGUGAUUAGUAGUACUAUUAUUAUACCAGCUACUACUAGUACUAGCAUCUAGCUAAGAUAGUUGUGGCUUACUCCCAAAAUAAGGAGGAUUUGUAUGUGUUGUGUGAGUAUAGUAUGAUUAGUAUAUUAGUAUAGGUACCGGUGGAUGUUGAAUGAAUAAUUGUGUGCAUGAUGUGAGUAAUACUCAUACUUAUGGUGUGCAUGGAUGGCAGAUGUAUAUGUGCGUAGCAAAUAUAAUUGUCAGUGAAAAUGGUGAGAUAUGUAGUGUGUUAACUUUUCUCUGGACAUGAGU